GGAUGUUUAAGAGCGAAACGUUUCUUAUGCACUGGCAAUAUACGAAGUAUGUUCCAAAAAGCAGUACUUCUAUGUCUUGAGAAACACAUUAUGGGUGAAAAACUUAGAAGAUUGGCAAAACUAGAUGACAAAAUACAAUAA